UUGCGUUAUAAUAUAAUGUGAUUGAAGUAAAUGUUUUGUUGCAAUCAAUGAUAAGUCCAAACAUGUCUUUGAAUAUCCAAAACUGACAACUGAUCCAUAUUUUGUAGAUAUAUAUCAUAUGAUUUAAUACCAAUGUGUGCAAUGAUGUCUCGCAAAGACAUAUUGUCGCUAUCAAUGAAUGAAGAGCACAGUCUGUUCUCUGCAUGUAUGGAGACGGGACUCAAAGUCUUUAAUUUGGAGCCAUUGAUGGUGAAGACCAAUCUUGAAGAUCCCAAAGAGUUGGGUUCAAUAGCCAUUUGCCAAUUACUUCAUCGAACAAAUCUGAUGGCAUUAGUAGCCGGCGGUUCAAAUCAACGAUAUUCCGAGAGAUCGGUCCUCAUUUGGGACGACUCGCUCAAGAAGUUUGUGUUGGAACUGACAUUCUCGACACCCGUAAUAUCGGUGAGGACACGACGUGACCGUAUAAUAGUAGUUGAAAGACAUGGCAUACAUUGCUUUUCAUUCCCCAAUUCACCUCAAAAGCUGUUUACAAUUGAGACCCGAGAUAAUCGAUUUGGUUUGUGUGAAGUUAGUCCGUAUAUCAGCUCUGAAAAACAACUACUUGUCUUUCCGGGGCAUAAGAUUGGAUCAGUUCACUUGCUUGACUUAAACCAUACUGAACCCGGUCGGUCAUCGCCACCAAUUAAUAUUGCCGCUCAUCAAUCAGAGAUAGCAUGUUUGGCAUUGAAUAAGUCGGCAACACUGGUGGCCACUGCUUCACUCAAAGGGACUCUCAUUAGAGUAUUUGAUACCCAAAGACGCACACAAGUGGUCGAACUUCGAAGAGGCGCCGAUCCGGCUCUUCUGUAUUGUAUUGCAUUUUCACACGACUCUGACUUUCUGGUUGUAUCCAGUGAUAAGGGAACGGUUCAUAUAUUUGCUUUAAGAGACACUCAUCUGAAUCGGCGCUCAACUUUUUCAUCAAUGGGGUUCGCCCACCAAUAUGUCGAUUCGCAGUGGGCUUUAGCUAAGUUCACAAUUGCUGCCGAAUGCGCCUGUAUUUGUGCUUUUGGCCAAAACAACUCCGUUUAUGCCAUUUGUGUGGACGGAUCCUUCCAUAAGUAUAACUUUAGUGCCGACGGCUCCUGUAUUCGUGAUUCAUAUGACAUCUAUUUGGAUGUUCCCGAAGAUGACGAGUACUAAUCUAUGGAUGCAAUUAUUUGUAUUAAUAUUAUAAAAAUAAGUUGUUAUAAUUAU